AUGUGGAGCAUGUAGAUCCACGCGACCAGGUUGGCUCACAUUACCCUCUCUCCCACACAAGGCUCGCACCGGCGGCUGCUCUGUAAUUUCACACAGGCGCGGCGCGGCGGCGAUUCCCCACCGGCGAUAUGUCGACGGACGGACUUGAGCUCGACGGGAGGGGGGAGCACACAUCGGUGGAUGGGAUUGUGAUGUUUCCAGUGGAAUCCCAAGAUUCUAUGAGUGCACCAGUUCUUGAGCUCGAGAAGGGCGGCGAAGGACGUGGAGCUGGAGAUGGACAGAGAUACGAGGUCUGCUUUGAAGCUACCAGCAGCCGGACGAGGAGGCAAAGAGAAACAGAGCACUUAGGUGGUUCCCUGCUCCGGCGGCGGCUCAACUCCAAUCUGCAGAAAACCGGAUCUGCCAAGGGCAAGGCCCUCGUCCACGGAUCUGGAGGGGAAAAAUCAUUUUCUUCGUUGUUUCGGUCGGUGAGGCUGUAUCACACGUCAAUUACUUGCGCUUUUCUCCUAGCUAUUGUUCAUCAGUUUCAGAUUUGAACUUUUUUGGUGAUUUUUAUUUUGUUCCAUCUAUUCCAUUGGUACGGGUGAUCUAGCAGUAUGGCUCGAUCGAGAUGCAUAUCACUUUUCUUGUUGACUCCAAAAUAGAAUGCUCUCCUUUAUUUUCUUGUAAUCCCCUUCCAUCUAUUCCUUCUGUACAGAUGCGGUUUUCUUUUGUUUACUUGUAAUCCCCUUUGUCCGGAUUGGAUAGGUCUCUCCUCAUCUUGUUGUUGCACAGAUCCGAAUUUGCCAUGAUGUAUUUUUAGACAAUAUAGAGAUUUUUUUUAUUCAUAACCAUGCUUAUGUGCCAGACCGGCUUAAUUUUUGUGAUUUCUUAGAUUCCUCUAACUUGGAUAAUCGAUGGUUAAUCGUACUGGAACUUAAUAGUGGAUUUGAUGUUCUGUUCUUGAUGUGCUAAUCCAAGGUUGAUAAUUAUUUCAUUCAAGUGGGGUAAAGUUUGAAUUCCUACCACCGAUUGCAAAGAUCUUCUGUUCCAUCGAUUUCAGCUUGUUUUGUUGACCUCUUUCCCACUACAGUCACAGAACUGAGCAACGUUGAUGGUCAAGUGUGCCGUGGCGGCAAGGCCACAUUCCUUGCCGGAAACGCUGGUUCGGGAGCUACAAGUGGCUGGACAAGAAGGUAUUUCAGAUUAAAAUGUUCUGCUCCAAAAAACCUUUAAUUCAGAACAUAGUAUGUGUCGGCCUUGUUCUUUGUUAGAUUUUGAAUACAACCACAUUUCACUCCCGAAAUCAGUAUCAUAUAAAAUCAAAUUCCAUGGCUUCUGUGCCACUUGUGCAAGAAACAUUCUAUGGGUUAGAUAUUUGGAAAUAAUAUGAUGAUGCAUGGAUGGGUUUUCUUUAUUCACAAAAUGAAUUUUACAUGUCUAAAUGCAUUGAUUGAUUGGCAUGUUCUUUGUUCACUGCACAACUUACUUCGGAGCAUCCUCUAAUGAAGCGAUUUUUUGUUCUGUUCUUGAUCAGAACCAUGCUGAUAUGGUCUGUAUCCUGAACCCUGAAGUAGAAGGCGUUUAAUCCGAUGCAUUUUCCUACUGUUGUGAUCUUGUAAUAUUGCCUUCUGGCCAAAUCAGCAAAAUCCCUGGUUGAAGCUGCGCAAGCUCUGUUUCUUUGGCUGUUGUUCCCUCUCAGCAAUCCAUUCGACUCGGGUAUAUGUUUGUAAUUAUUGUAAUGGAUUUGUACCAUUUAUGAACCAUGUCAAAUUGUUAAGGUGGGUGAUGGGUAUUACAA